GUCUGGUGGAGGUGGUCUGCAGUGUCUUCAGCGAGGCAGCCGUCCUGUACGUGGAGAGAGAGGAGAGGCCUGGGAGAAAGAGUAGCCAUGAUCUCCUGUUGUCUCUACUGGACACUCUGCACAAUGUACUGACCAGCACAUCCAGAGUGGUGCGCAUUGCACUCCAGGGAGCUGAGUCCCAGGGAGAGACCCAGGCUGCAGAGGACCUCCUGCUCAUCAACAAACCUCUGACACAACUCACAUCCCUGCUCAUUCAGAUGCUGCCGUGUGAGGAUGCGGAGGUGUAUGAGGAGACCAGUCAGUGCCUGUCCCUGCUGAUGCAGCUGUAUGGAGGGGACAGCCCUGACUCCCUCAGCCCCCUGAACCUCCAGAGCCUCAGCCACGCGCUGCAGCUCCAGACCCAACCUAAACAACACAGACUACUGCUCCGUAUCAUCAAACGCCUGGUCGGGUGGCUGGGGGCCACGAACUGUACUGUUGUUCCAGUGUUUGUGGUGGGGAGUGAUUCAGAGCUGGCCUGGAGGAAUGGCAGGGCAGCUGACCUCAAGCCUGCCUUGUUGUCUCUCUCUCUCCCUGGGGGUGGGAAAUCGGGGGACUAUCCAUUCCAAAAUAACUCCUGUGAACAAAGAAGUGAGAAAUAUGGAAGUAAUACUGUACAGGAGCCACAGUUACAGUGAUUGGGCUUCAGGAAUGUCAUCACUUCACUCACUGUUUUCUGCUUUAAUUGAUGCAUUAUUUGAAACAGUCUUUAACCUGUUGGUUCAGCUCAGAUACCCAGACUACAAUGCACUUAUGUGAUGUGAGCCUAUGCAGUUACUUACAUUAUCGGGGACCAU